AUGAAUAACACAUCAAUUCUUUUCAAGUCUUUAAAAUUAGGUGAAUUGACUAUUCCUAACAGAAUUAUUAUGGCUGCAAUGACUAGAAUGAGGUGUGAUAAUGAAACAAAGGUUCCAAAUAAUAUAGUGGCAGAUUAUUAUUCAUAAAGGGCUUCUGCUGGAUUGAUUUUAACAGAAUGUACAUUAGUAAGUCAAAGAUCUAAUGCCUUUCCAGGAUGUGCAGGCAUAUUAAAUGAAGAAUAAGUUGAAGGAUGGAAAAAAGUUAUCGAUGCAGUUCAUAAAAAGAAUGGAAGAAUUGCUUUAUAAAUUUGGCAUAGUGGAAGAGCAACUCAUUCAAAUUUAUAGGGUGGUUAAAUUCCUUGGGGUCCAUCUCCAAUUGCUAUUAAUGGAGUAAACUAUGCUGUGAAAUAACCACAUGAAGUACCUCACGAAAUGACAAUAGAAGAUAUCAAAUUAGUGAUAUAAUAAUUCAAAGAAGGUGCUUAUAGAGCAAAGAAGGCUGGGUUUGAUGCAAUUGAAUUACAUGGUGCAAAUGGCUAUUUAGUAGAUUAAUUUUUAAGAAGUCAUUCAAAUAAAAGAAAUGAUUUAUAUGGUGGAUCAGUAGAAAAUAGAUCUAGAUUUUGUUUAGAAGUUAUUGAUGAAUUAAUUUAAGUUUUUGGUAAAGGAAGAGUAGGAAUAAAGGUAAGUCCAGUAGGUAGAUAUAAUGAUAUGUUUGAUGAAGAUCCUAUUAAACUUUAUACAUAUUUAUUCAAAGAAUUAGAUAAAAGAUAAAUAGCAUUUAUUGAAAUCAUGAAUAGUAAAGAUGAAGAUAAUUGCUAUGGUUAUGGUCAUCCAGCAUCUGAAAAAUAAGUGCCUAAUCUAUUAUAAUAAUUAAGACCAUCUUUUAAAGGUGUUAUUAUUGGAAAUGUUGGAUUGACAGCUCUAACAGCUGCAUAAGGUAUAGAAUAAGGACUAUUUGAUGCAGCUAGCUUUGGAACUCUAUAUAUCGGAAGUAAUAUUUUAUUAUAAUAAUUAGAUCCUGAUUUAGUAGAGAGAUUCAAAGAUAAUUUGAAAUUAUCUGAUUCUGAUCCUAAGAAAUAUUUUGGUGGAAAUCAUGAAGGUUAUUCUGAUUAUCCACCAUUUUAAGGAUGAG